AUGUAUAAUCUCUUCUCAUUCGCCGUUCUAUCGGCCUUAGCCUCGCAAGUCCUCGCCGGGCCCAUAGACACCCAUGCCAACGGUAUCUUGCUCUCUCGCGAGGCUCUGGCAGAAAUCCCAGAGUACAACCCCAGCAAAAGACACGAGCUAAGCCAUCACGAGGAAAUCGGCAUCGUCGGCCGUGACCUCAUCGAUCAUCUUCACGAAAACUACGCCCAUCACAAUUUCUUCAGAGACGUUCAUACUACUGCGGAAAACAGAACCCUCAGAAGAUAUGAAAUCCCAGACGACCUGAUGGAUCUCGCCAUCAGGUCCUUCCCACUCCACAAACGUCACUCAAAUGUUAUCAAAAAGCGGGCCCUCAAGAAAAGAGCAGAGGUCGUAACAUUCGGACCACAUGAGCGCCGUGCUCUUGAAAAACGUGAGGGUGCCGACGGUUUGAACAGUUUUGUAGUCGAAAAAUACUGCGGGGGAGGUGCGAGAAUUACUAAUGAAUUGUGGAAUGGAGCCACCGUCAUCUUCUGUCAACAACAUAACGAUUAUCUUCGAAACUUCGCUUCAAUGGGCGGCAGUCCACCACCAUCGUAUAUGAGCUAUGGGCCCUUCCCGUUAGCUGACGGAGGAGAAGGUGACUUGGUUUUCAGUUUUGGUAGAGACGAUGGUUUCCCUUGGGCUAAUGUGAUCCUUACCUGCUCUACUCUCGUGAGACUGGAUAAUUGCGGUGGACAAGGGCUUGCCAACGGUGGAACCAUGUCGACUCGUUCGAAAGUAGGGUUUGGUGCUUUCCAUUACGCCAUGAUACCUGGUGACAUUACGAAAGGUCAACCUUUCAACAGUGGUUAA